AUGUUCUGUGAAAAGGCCUUGGAGUUGGUUCGUGAGCUGCACCACAUGCCGGAAGGGCAGCUGUCUUCCUUUAAUGAGGAUGGACUCAGGCAUGUUCUAGAAGAGAUGAAAACAUUAUAUGAACAAAACCAGUCAGAUGUGAAUGAAAUGAAGUUGGAUGGAAGAAGCAAUUUGAUACCAACUAUCAAAUUUCGACACUGUUCUUUGCUAAGAAAUCGACGCUGCACUGUAGCAUACCUGUAUGACCGGUUACUUCGGAUCAGAGCUCUCAGGUGGGAAUAUGGCAGUGUCUUGCCAAAUGCUUUGAGAUUUCACAUGUCUGCUGAAGAAAUGGAGUGGUUCAAUAAUUAUAAAAAGUCUCUUGCUACUUAUAUGAGAUCGUUGGGAGGAGAUGAAGGUUUGGACAUCACACAGGAUAUGAAACCUCCCAAAAGCCUGUAUAUUGAAGUGCGGUGUCUAAGAGACUAUGGAGAAUUUGAAGUUGAUGAUGGCACUUCUAUUAUAUUAAAAAAAAACAGCCAGCAUUUUUUACCUCGUGGGAAAUGUGAGCAGUUAAUCAGACAAGGCAUUCUGGAGCAUGUGCUGUCAUAG